AUGCAAUGGCAAAGAUCGAUGUUUGGUACAACCAAGGCUGAAAUCCAGCGGGUACGUAGCCAAUUAGAUGUGGUGUGGAGACAACCCAAUUCUGAGAACACAACAGCAACAUACCACCUCCUCAUGUCCCAACUUGAUUCUCUUCUCUCUAGGGAGGAAGCUUUCUGGAAGCAGCGCUCUAAAGUCUCUUGGCUAAAAGAAGGAGAUAGAAACACACGCUUGAGGGAUAAUACUGGAAGAUGGCGUGAGGAUGAACAUGGCCUUCAAUCUGUUGUGUUGGAUUAUUUCACACAUCUCUUCACUUCAUCUGCCUCUGGAAGUGAGGGGGAGAUCAUUGAUGCAGUGGAGUCGAGAGUCACACCGGAUAUGAAUAAUCUCUUACUCGCAGACUACCGUGAUGCGGAGAUUCAGGAAGCAGUUUUUCAGUGUACCCGCCCCAAGCGCCAGGUCCCGAUGGGAUGCCUCCAAUUUUUUUCCAAAAAUGUUGGCAUAUUGUUGGAUCAGAUGUCACAAGAGCUAUCAAGGACUCAUACCAAAAGUGAAGCAUCCAAAAGACAUGUCCCAGCUGCGCCCGAUCAAUCUAUGCAAUGUUUUGUUUAA